AUGACCAUAUUCGAAUGGUAUGGGUUCGGAGCAGAUGUUACAGAACGGGACCCCAUAGGAAUCUUCUCUCUGAGGUUGGCUAGACCAUCGGCUAAGAACAAUAAAAAUCCAGACCCAGAGUCCGGGAAUGUAUGGGAACCAACGCUCUCUGCAAACAUAUCAGGCUCAGUGUUCUCCAAUCUCCAGAAUGACCCAACUAAGGUAACAGUUGUGGAGGUAAAAGAUUUAAAGCAAACUAUAGCUCCAGAGAUGGGGUACAAAAGUGCAAAUGCCUGGCUGGAAUGGAUUAAAUAUUCCAUCCACACUCUAAACAAAAGCGAUUGUUACACUUGUGCGCAUGGCAGGCCAGAGGCCCAGAUUGUCCCCUUUCCACUCGGAUGGUUCUCCAGCCAACCAAGCAUGAAUUGUAUGGUAGCUCUCUUCCAACACCCCACAGCCUAGGGUAAUGAAUUGUGCCGAGCUCUCUCUCUGCUAUUCCCCAAAGUCCGGCACUCUGCAGGUCAUUCCCCAAGGGCCAUCCAGCUUCCAUCUCCUGAAGCCAAUUUUAUCUCAUGUCUCUCACAACAAGGGGAAAACUUAGCAUUUCUUGGAGACCUAAAGGGAUGCAGUGAGCUUAAGCCAUUCUGAGAGCUAACCAAUCAGUCUGCCCUGACCCAUCCCCGAGUGGAUGUAUGGUGGUAUUGUGGCGGACCAUUAGUGGACACUCCAAGUAACUGGAGAGACACUUGCACUCUAAUCCAAUUGACCAUCCCUUUCACCCUGGCAUUUCAUCAACCAAAAAGGAUAAAGACAAAGCAUCGUAAAACAAGAGAGGCCCCUCCUGGGUCUUUUGACCCUCAUGUUUAUAUAGAUGCCAUUGGAAUCCCGAGAGGAGUGCCAGAUGAAUUUAAGGCCCCAAAUCAGAUAGGAGGGUUUGAGUCUGUACUAUUCUGGUGGUUAACUGUAAGUAAAAAUGUAGAUUGGAUAAAUUGCAUCUAUUACAAGCAGCAAUGAUUCAUUAACUAUACUAGAGAUGCUAUUAAAGGGAUAGCUAAACAAUUAGGACCCACCAGCCAAAUGACUUAGGAAAAUAGAAUAGUAGUAGACAUGAUACUAGCAGAGAAAAGUAGAGUCUAUCUCAAAAUUGGAACUCAAUGUUGUACUUUUAUACCUAAUAAUAAGAGGGCCAACUCUGGACACAAUAAUACUGCUCCUGAUGGAACCAUAACAGAAGGAUUACAAGGUCUUACUGCUUUAUCCAAUGAACUAGCUAAAAAUUCAGGAAUAAACCAUCCCUUCACUAAUUUAAUGGAAAAAUGGUUUGGCAAAUGGAAAGGAUUUAUGUCCUCAAUCCUUACUUCUUUUGCCAUUGCAAUAGGUGUGCUUAUUCUUGUAGAAUGUUGUAUCAUACCCUGUAUCCAGGGGUUAAUGCAAAGACUUAUAGAAAUGGCUCUCACAAAAACCUGCCCUAUCUCUCCUCCUCCACACUUAGACAAGCAUUUGUUCCUAGGAAUGCAGUUUAUUUUGAUUGGCAUCUUCUACCAGGCCUGA